AUGCACAAUGCACCACUCUUUUUGUUUGUUUUUUUCCUCCCUUUCUUCCCUUUAAACCCCAACAGCUCUCUUCUAUUUGUUCUCUCUUCCGCUUCCCCUCAACCCCCUCCCCCUCAAAUCCCUCUCCUUCCCCCUCGCUCACCCCCUCACCACUGUCAACUCUCCCAACCCUCUCCUUCCUUCCUCCCUCAGGCCAACACUGCAGCACUCUGCCCCGCCUAUGAGGUUGUCACAGCAGCACCACACUCCUACGCCUGCCUGCGCCUUUUGUGUCGACUCAAAAGUCACCUCUCCCCCUCUCCACCCCCCCUCCUUCUCCCCCCCCUUCCCUCUCCCCCCUUCCCUCUCUCCCCUCCCCUCUCUCCCCCCUUCCUCUCCCCCUCCCCUUCCACCAGACUGACACUGCAGCACUACACUCCUACGCAUGCCUGCGCCUCCUCCCCUCCUCCCUCUCUCCCUCCUCCUCCUCCUCCUCCUCCUCUUCCUCCUCCUCCUCCUCCCCCUCCUCCUCCUCCUCCUCCUCCUCCUCCUCCUCCUCCUCCUCCUCCUCCUCCUCCUCCAUCCUUCGCUCCCUCUCCCCCUUCCGCUCCCCCUUCACCUCCUCCUCCCCCUCCUCUCACCGCCCCUCCUCCCCCUCCCCCCAUCGCACCUCCUCCUUCUUCCUCAGCCCCUCACUCGCUCCCGCACUCACUCCCACCCUCCAGGGCUCCCAGGCCGCCCACAUCCAAAUCUGCCACUACCUCUGACCCGCUUCUCCUGUCCUUCUCCGCUUCCAUGCCCUGCAAAAUCACCACUCUCGCCAAGGUUAGUUCUUACCCUAUUAAAGGCUCAUCUCCCCCUCUCUUGUUUCCCAUCCCCCUCAACUGCCACCUCUGCACUGACCCUCUGCUCCACUCCUUCUCCACCUCCCCUCCCUACAAAGUUACCACCCUUGCGAAGGUGGGUUGUUACCUCAUCGAAGUCACCACCCUCGCCAAGGUGGGUUCCCAUCCCCAUCCCUCUCUUCUUGCUGCUCCGACCCUCCUUCACCCCGCUCCUUCUCUGCCUGCCUCCCUGCAAAGUCACCACUCUUGCCGAGAAUGGUUUCUGAUGCCUGUAACUGCUUCCCCUCGCACUGCAAAGUCACCUCUGUGUUUUUCCAACCAAUCAAAGGUUGGUCUCCACUCUGCUUUCCCACCCCCCUCACUCGCCACCUCUGCACCGACCCUCUUCUCCUCCCAUUCUCAACCUCCCCGCCCUGCAAAGUCAACACCCUCGCCAAUGUGGGUACCCUCGCCUCGCCCACAUUCAGGCAGAGAGGCGGCUGGGUUAUGGAUUGAACGAGGCGAUGAAUUGAUGAUCCCAACUGCUCCCUCUUUCUCCCAUGCACCAACUGCACCUCCUCUCCCUCCCAUGCACCAACUGCACCUCCUCUCCCUCCCAUGCACCAACUGCACCUCCCCUCCUCCCAUGCACCAAUUACAACCCCUCUCCCUCCCCCAGGACUCACUUGCAGUGCUGAACCAGACGAGACACGAGGCGGACAGGCAGCAGCAGGGAGGUGAUCAGCUGGCAACUCAAAAGGAUGCUCCCCCUCUCCCCUUCCCUCUCUCGCACCACUCUGCAACGCUAUUUCAGUCUCCCCCAGGACUCCAUUGCAGCGUUGAACCAGAUGAGACACGAGACAGACAGGCAACAGCAGGGGCGGGAGAUGCUGACUCUCAGUAUGAGUGGAUUCUUCUUUUCCUGCUUGAACCUUGCAUAUGCAUUUGUUCUGAAAAUGAACGUGCUGGUGGUGAGGAUGAUGGUGGUGGGGAUGGUGGUGGUGGGGAUGAUGGUGGUGGGGAUGGUGGUGGUGGGGAUGGUGGUGGUGGGGAUGGUGGUGGUGGGGGUGGUGGUGGUGGGGAUGAUGGUGGUGGGGAUGGUGGUGGUGAGAGGAUAGAGAAAUGCAGAGUGAGUCGAUAG